AAGUUUUGAUACAUCAGAAAAUACGGCUAUCAAUAGAGAUGAGGAGGCUAAAUUUAAUUCUUUUUACACUGUGUGCUGGAUUGGCCGUUUGUGCUGCGAAUUCACCCCUCGACGACAAAUUCGAUCGUCUUUCGGACAAAAUUAUUCGAAUUGAGCACAUGAAUCAAGCACUUAGGGAUAGAAUUGAUUCAUUGGCAGUCCAAUUUGAGAGUAUAGUAAAGAGAAAUUAUGCCCAGGAAGCCUUAUUAGCUGAAUAUCAACAAUCUGAUUGGACUACCAUACAGCGACGUCAAGAUGGCUCUGUGGAUUUCUACCGCAAUUGGACCGAAUACAAAAAUGGUUUUGGUGAUGCACCCCAUGGCGAAUUCUUUGUGGGUCUGCAAAAACUUCAUGAACUUACUUCACAAAAACCCCAUGAACUUUUGAUUGUCUUGAAAGAUUGGGAUAAUGAUACACGUUAUGCCAUCUAUGAUAAAUUUGAAAUUGGCAGUGAGCAAGAACAAUAUUCCCUCAAAGAUUUGGGUGAAUAUCGUGGUAAUGCUGGUGAUGCUUUGGAAUACUACAAGGGCAGUAAAUUUUCCACCCUAGAUGUGGACAAUGAUGAAGAUGAAAAUACCAAUUGUGCAAAGCUAUUCAAAGGAGGUUGGUGGUUCAAGUCAUGUUGCUUAAGUGAUUUGAAUGGCCCUUAUUUAACUGAAAAUUAUAAUAUUGAAGAUGGUGUAACUUGGUAUGACUGGAGAGGUUUGAAUUACUCUUUGAAAUUUGCUGAAAUGAAAAUUCGUUCCAAGAAAAAUUUAAAAAAAAAAUCAAUAGAUGUUCGAUAA